AUGUCUCGUAUACUUGCGAAUUGUGUAAAUAUACCACAGGUUGAGCAUGUUAAAGCUGAAAGGAAUUUGCUUGCUGAAGUUGCAAGUCAUUGCACUGUGAAACUCUACUAUUCUUUCCAAGAUGCUGAAUACUUGUACCUGAUCAUGGAAUAUCUACCUGGAGGUGACAUCAGGCCUUUCUUACAUAAACACAACUACAUUCACAGGUCACCUCUUGACUGCUCAAAUUUAUCGGCUAUAAAUGAAAAUGAAGUGCUCGAUGAUGAUAAUUUGAAGGAAUCAAUUGAUGCGGAUGGAUGCUUUCCAGGCGCUGGUGGAUGGCGCUGGAAAAGUCCCCUUGAACAGCUGCAACAUUAGCUGAGAAACAGGAGAAAAUUGGUAUUCAAUCAAUCAUCAUUUUCAUAUAAUACAAC